AGACUUAUCAGCAAGAAGCUUUCUUCCAUGUUUGAAGAGAGCAAGAAGACCCAGUAGUCUGAGCUGCUUUUACAACCCAGAACUUGAGCUCGUCAAUGGCUUUGCUAUCUUUCACUCGCUUUCUACAACUACCCAGGUGCCAUUUGGAUUGGCCGAAUAAGCUGUCACUUAAUUUAGUUCAACUUCAGGGUUUUAGGUUACACAGUAAAAAAUGGGGCCUUGCAGCUAUGUCAAAAAAGAUAAACAAUUCAGAGAAUUCGGGUUUAGAUGGAGUGAAUGAGGAGGAGGUUGUCGUGAAGAAGAAGAAGACAACUGGGACUACUAAACGGACUCGGAAGAAGACAGCUUCGGAUAGUGAUGCUUCGAGUGAUGAAGAUGUUGGUGAAGAGCCUAAGAAAAGGGGGAGACGUAAGAAAGCUGUAUCUGCUUCGGUAAGUGUGGAGGGAGAGCAAUCUGAGAAGAAGGUGAGGAAGAGAAGAACUAAGAAGAAGGUUGAUGAGAUUGCGAGCCAGGUUAGUGAAGCUGAAGUUAGUGAUGCUGAGGAGCUUACAUUUGUUUUGGAUGUGAAGGAUGAGACUGAGGAUGAUCUACAGUUGGAAAUAGAUGACGGAGAGGAUAUCAGCUAUACUUAUGGUUGGCCUCCUCUUGUGUGCUGCUUUGGAGCUGCACAACAUGCUUUUGUGCCAUCGGGAAGGCCAGCCAACAGACUCUUAGAUUAUGAAAUACAUGAAAGAAAGAAAGAUGCAUUAUGGGCCCCUGAAAAGUUCAUUAGGUCUCCUGGGGGAUGUGCAGGUAGUGUGGCGAUUGCUCUUGCAAGCUUGGGCGGCAAGGUUGCUUUCAUGGGAAAACUUGGAGAUGAUGACUAUGGCAAGGCCAUGUUAUAUUAUAUGAAUGCCAAUAAUGUUCAAACCCGGUCUGUUCGCAUGGAUAGUAGAAGGUCAACUGCAGUAUCACAGAUGAAGAUUGGUAAAAGAAAUCGCUUGAGAUUGACUUGUGUCAGACCCUGUGCUGAGGAUUCUUUAACAAAGUCAGAGAUCAACAUGGAUGUGCUGAAGGAGGCAAAGAUGUUCUACUUCAACACACAUUCUCUGCUUGAUCAAAACAUGAGGUCAACUACACUCCAAGCAAUCAAAAUUGCAAAGCAGCUGGGCGGAGUUGUUUUCUAUGAUGUAAACCUUCCAUUACCGUUGUGGCAGUCUUCUGAAGAAACUAAGUUGUUCAUACAGCAAGUAUGGAAUAUUGCUGAUAUUAUUGAAGUUACUAAGCAAGAGCUUGAGUUUCUAUGCGGAGUCCAGCCUUCUGAGGAAUUCGACACCAAAGAUAAUGCCAGAUCGAAGUUUGUUCACCAUAGACGAGAAAUGAUUGCCCCACUUUGGCAUGAAAACCUUAAGGUUUUGUUUGUGACAAAUGGUACUUCUAAGAUACAUUACUAUACAAAGGAACAUGAUGGUGCUGUUAAUGGGAUGGAGGAUCCCCCUAUUAGUCCUUUCACUUCUGAUAUGUCCGCAUCUGGAGAUGGUAUUGUGGCAGCUCUCAUGAGAAUGUUGACAGUUCAACCACAUCUAGUUACUGAUAGAGAAUAUUUGGAGCAUUCCAUCAAGUAUGCAAUUGAUUGUGGGGUCAUAGAUCAAUGGUUGCUUGGGCGAUCUAGGGGCUUCCCUCCUAGAGAAGAUAUGGAAGACGUGGUUACUGAUCCAGAUGGUAUAAGAUCUGUAACCGAAAUGGAAUAUCGCACAUUACCUGAUGAGGUCCUUGCCUGAUAAAUAGGAAGUCAUUCUGUCACAAAGUUAACCAAGUGAUUUUGCUUUCCUCUAGUAGGAUCCCCAAUUUUGUAUGUGAUGAGUAGACUUCAUAAGCAAAGAUUUAAAGCCUAGUGCAAUUUAUCAGAGCUGCAAUCCUUUAUCAC